AUGUUGCAGCUUUCCUUGCUGAAUCGAAUUGUCCCAGUUUUAGGGUACACAGCACGAUCCAUUCACAGCAGCAACGGGCUGUUGUUCCGUAGCACGCCGGUGCUGUGUGCCGAACCGCUCAAGAAAAAGAAAAAGAUCGAUCCACAGGUCGUCAAACAGCGCGAGGAGCGUAAGCGAAAGCGGCUAGAAAAGCAAAUUCGUCGGCUAGAGAAGAAUGCUCGCCAACUUAAACCGAUCGAGGAACUGGAAGUGCCGAUGGAGUUAAUCGAUGAGCAAGCCAAACGGAGACGAAACAUACCAAAACCAACGCCGGAGCUGGUCGAGAGCCGAGCGCUACUAGAGAAACAGUGGGCCAAGUACAGGAUGCAGGAGACACUCGCCGACUAUCAACUGUUCGAUCGGAUUGUGGCGGCCCAAACAAAGGCACUCAAUGAGCUGAAGCUCGAAUCGGAAGAGCUGUACCAGCAGGCAAUACAGCUAGAUCCGACUCUGGUGCCGUUCCUCGCCCAAGGCCCAGUUGUUACUCCACCAAUCAAAGACUACGAACAACCGGACGGGGAGUAUAUCGAUGUGUCCAGAAAGUGGGAAUAA